UGUCGUUUACACUCGAUGAUAAUUGACCUGCAUGUAACUUUGUGUUUGUGUUUAAUUUGCAAGAUAACGGAGUUAUUAACUGACAAAAUACGACGUGCAGUCAUGGAGGAGUUCUUGCAGCUGGAGCUUGUUCAAGUCAAUUUCAGACAUGGCAUUCGUACUCCAAGCGUGUACGAGGCUAACAUUGUUAAUGUUACCGAUCCGAAAUAUUAUGGAACGAUAGGAUUUGGUCAAUUGACCAAUGAAGGAAAAUGUCAAUCAUAUAGAUUUGGUCAACUUCUUCGAAAAAAGUAUGACAAAUUUUUGGGCAAUUACGAACCUAAUCAGCUGCACGCUUACACAUCUAAAUUUGAUCGUACAAAAAUGACCCUGCAACUGGUUUUGGCGGGUCUUUAUCCACCUUCGGAAAACAAUAGAUGGCAUGCUACGUUGCAAUGGAUGCCAAUACCGUUUGAUAUAGCACCGAAUAUUUGUGACACUUUACUCACACCUCAUCAGUAUCCAAACUUUUAUCGAUUAUUGGAAUCCGAGCUCAAUCUAUCAGAAGAAUAUCAAAGUGAAAUGACAAAAUAUAAUGAUCUUCUCGAUUAUGUAGAAAAAAUGGCGAACGUUCCAAUGAGAAAGAAAUUAAUUCAUUAUUCAGGAUGGAUUUAUUACGCUGUUAAAAUUCACAAAUUGUUAAAUUUACCGCAACCUCGAUGGUGCUCGGAUGAAGUCAUGAAACGAUUGCGCGAAUUAUUCAAAUACAAUAUAGAUGCGAUGUCAUUGACACAAAAAUUGAAAAGACUGAAUGGAGGUACAAUGGUGCGACGAGUGAUUGAAAAUAUUGAGGAGAAUAGAAUUGCUGAAAAUCCGAAAAAGAUUUAUUUGUACAGCCAUCAUGAUUUAACAUUGGCAGCGUUCGAAAGAGCUCAAGGAAUCAAAGUUUUUGAUAUUCCUCCGUUUGCCAGUGCCAUCAUUUUAGAAAAGUAUCGACAUGUUAAUAAUGUUGAGUAUGUGAGGUUCCUUGCUUGGGAUGGUAAAGACAACGAAUUUUUCGUCGUGAAAUUGAAAGGCUGCGAUGAAUUCUACGUAUAUGAAGAUUAUCGCAAAGUUGUUGAAGACGUUAUUCCUACAGAUGAAGACUUGAAGUUUUUGGUUAAUGACAAUUGAAAAUUCUUCAAAAUUUCUUUUCUAAAGACUUAAAAAUAGAAUUUUAUUUUCAAAUGUAACCAAAUGAAGCUUUCUCUUAACUUGUGGAUGAUGUAAUACGACCCAUAUGUGGAUAUUUUUUUGUGGCAUAAAAAAGUGAAUUCUUAUUCGAAUUCAUACUUAAAUAUAGCGAUAUUUAAUUGUAUUGACAUGAUAUAUUUAAAGCAAAGUAGCGUUAGUAAAAAAAACAUACACGCAUUCGAACAAUGCAAAAUAUAUUCAUCGAAAGUGGCUCUGUGCGAACAAGAAAUCAGACCGCUCGUCACGCACGCGUCGAAGCUUUUGGUAUGUUAAUAAGAGAGUCAUAUAUAGUAAUACAUAGUAGGUAGAGAUUGGUGUGCACGCGCAAAGCAAUAUUACACCACAAAUCCCGCAGAGCGCGCCAUUUUAUCUGCGAACGAAGAGAGAGGGGGGGAGGUGUAUGACAAGUAUAUUACGGCCGUACGCGCCGGCGCGUUUAUAUCAAUUAACCCCUGACAUUUUGUCGGGGGCGGUUCACAUGUAUAGGAGGGAGGAAAAGCUCGAAAUUGAGCUCCGGAGAAUAUGUGCGUGUGCGUGAGCGAGAACAUACUGUUUAAUUCAAUGAUGAUGUUGCUGACGCGUGCCUGCGCUUUUAUUUCAUUGCUUCCUUUCGAAUUCAUGACGCGCACCCGCGCAGAAAAUUAGUUGCCUGUGGCUUUACGACUCUAUCAACGGAUUUAUGUGUAUCCGUGUGAGACGUUUGCAGUUGAAGUUUACAUUGUCAAGCUUUCUUUCUGAUCUACAAAACUUUCUAACGUGUGAAACUACUUAUUCAAAUAUUUUAUUAUACUUUGCUACAUCAGUUUCGCACAGUUGAUUUUAUAUCGUUCUCACAGGAUACUUUUUUUCUUUAUGUAUCUACGUCAUUGCAUACGCAAAAAGCCACUCCGAUCCAAAAAAGAAAAACAUCAGUAAGUGACAUGAUAUUUUAUCUAUUAAAAAUAACCGUUCCCAUAUUCAUCGUGACUCAUCUAUAUAAGUGCAAUUCAAAAUAUACUCAAGUAUACGCCCAUUUACCAGCAUAAAAAAUCGAAAGAACAUCUGCCUCACGCGCAAGCUGUAUGUGUGUAUAAGCUUGAGAUUUAUGAAUUUUCGAACGCCCCGAAAAAUCGUUCGGCUGUUUGGGGAUACAUACAUCCGCUUUUGAGUAAUUCCGAAAUUGAAUGACUUUUUAUUGGACGUAAUCUGAUUUGAAAAAUGUCUUCUCUCAUUGUAACUCCUUAGAAAAUCUUGCAAUGUCAUUUAUUUAAAAAAAUAAUAAUAAAAGUUUAGUACUUGUUUUACUUUUCACAAUUUUACAUUCUUAUUUGGGCGAAAGAAAAUAUUAACAUUAAAAUCCUCUACUGAAUAUCAAUAACUGAAAGAACGAACUCACGAUUGACACGAAUAAAAUCAAUAAAAUAAAUAACAAACACAUAUGAGAGAGCAGUAAGUAGUAGCGGCAAUCCCUCAAGUACCUCCUCUUAGUCUGGAAACUCGCCAAAAAAAGUCAUCCUCACACGCGUCGCUCGUACGCAGAUAAAUCUUAUGUCGUGGAAGUAUCAUUUAGGAGCAUUUAGCUCACCGGGAGCACUAGCAACACGCCCCUAUACGAGAGGAGGAGCCGCUUCUCUCUGUGGCUUUUGUUUGCACCCGCGGGAAUCGAAAGGUCGAUCUCCCAAAGUGACACACCAAGGGAGAGAAAGUGUCGGUGACAUCGCUCUGCUUAAAUAAAUUACAGGCUUGUUAUUGCGAUAUAGAGGGUGGAAAUGACCGUUGAUUGAGACGAUUUUUCCGGGGGUGUGGGGAAAAUUAAAUUUUUCGUAACGGGAUUAGUUGUGCGAAAGUGGGUUUUUAAUGGACUUGUAUAGGAAGAGGGAAUGUAAACGAUCUAUUCAUCAAAGAGAUAUAUAACUAUAAAAUUUCAUGUUAAAAAAAAGUAAAAAUAAUUUAUAAUGGAGUUACAUUACCUAUUAAU